CUCUGAUCAAAGUAGACCGGGGACGAGCCUCCAACAAAAACAAACGCGAAUCGUACCAAGCAUCAGACGUCGACCAUCCAGACGUCGCGUUACCAGCGUCGCAGGACGUAGUGAGCACGCACGCAAACGAUUUGCAAUUAUUGUUUUUGUGGAUCGUAGUGCGAAGUGUCGUGGUGUGAGAUACGCGAUGUUUUUGCCGUAAAUGGAUAAUAAAACCGUGAUCAACAAUACGCCAAGAUGACUAGGUACACAAACGCAGAUUUUGCAGAUGAUGAUAGUGUCAACAGUGUUCAGUUGAACGAAGGGAUCAGUUCCAGUGCCACACAUAUCCGAUAUCAUGCUGGAAGUUCGAUAUGGAAGCUUAGAUCGCCUUUAGAGAAGGUUCUAUUGCUUCUGGUAGCAAUCCUUCUGUUUACUAUCUUCAUUCUAGCCAUCGUUCUGCAUAUUACAGAACAUAAAUUGCAAGAAUCAAAGCAACCCAUAGUACAACCCCCUACAAUCUACCCCAACGGCAAUCUGUCAGGUUCCGUACCAUGCUUGACAGCGGCGUGCGUGCAUGCCGCAGACGGGGUCCUGCGUUCCAUGUCUUCAGGGGCCGUGGGGGUCCCUGCUGAAGGAACGGCGCCCCCAGGUACUAUUCCUCCAUCCCCAUGUGACGACUUCUACGAAUACGCGUGCGGAGGAUGGGCUAAAAACAACCCCCCGCCUACCGGCAAGACUACAUGGGGUACGUUCAUGAGGUUGGAACAGGAAAACCAGAUGGUCAUCGUUAGGAUCUUAGAGCAACCAAUAGACACGCUGAAAUCAAAGGCGGAGCAAAAAGCAAAAAUGUAUUACGAAUCCUGCCUGGACACCAACGACACAGUAGAGCAACUGGGGGCAACUCCCAUGCAGGAACUUCUAAUCAAGUUAGGCGGAUGGAAUAUCACAAAUAGUGGAUUCAAUAUAGACAGCUGGACGUUGCAGAAUAUCACCCAAACUGUUCAGAACAGGUAUAAUAUUGGUGGACUCUUCUCUUAUGCUGUUGGUGAAGACGACAGAAACUCAACAAGACAUGUUCUCCAAAUCGAUCAGAAUGGGUUAACACUCCCUACCAGAGAUUAUUAUUUAAAUAAAACCAUAGAACACCAGAGAGUCGUGAACGCUUGUCUGGAGUACAUGGUUAAGGUAGGAGUUUUGCUGGGUGGUGAAGCAAAUUCAACAAGAAAACAAAUGGAAGAUGUGAUGGAUUUUGAGACACGAUUAGCUAACAUUACGAUUCCCAAUGAGCUUAGAAGAGAUGAGGAACAACUGUAUAAUCUGAUGACCAUACAGGAACUGCAAGAAUUGGCGCCAUUUAUAGAUUGGAGGAUGUUCUUUGAGGAUGCCAUGCGAAUUGUGAAAAAGAAAAUCGACAAAAAGGAACCAGUGGUAGUCUAUGCUCCAGAUUAUUUGAAAAACCUAACAGGGCUUAUCAAGGAAUAUAACAACACAAGAACGGGUAGAACAAUUUUGAAUAACUACAUGGUGUGGCAAGCAAUAAGAGUGUUUACAGUUUGCUUAUCAAAAGCAUUUAGAGACGCGUAUAAAGGCUUCAGAAUAGCUCUUACUGGUUCAGAAAGUGGUGAAGAACCGCAAUGGAGGUACUGCAUUCAAGAUACCAAUUCUGUGCUUGGGUUUGCUAUAGGUGCGAUUUUUGUAAGAGAAGUGUUCCAUCAAGAUUCAAAAAUCCAAGCAGAAGAAAUGAUAAACAAUGUUAGGAAUGCAUUCAAGAAAAAUUUUAAAAAUCUGAAAUGGAUGGAUGAAGAAACGAGGCAAGUUGCUAUUGCCAAAGCAGAUGCUAUAUCAGAUAUGAUAGGUUAUCCAGAUUUUAUUAAAGACACUGAUCAGCUGGAUGAGAGAUUCGAGAGCCUCACUGUGAGGAAUGACUCGUACUUUGAAAAUAAUAUACAAAUAAGUCAAUAUAAUUUGAGAAAAAACCUCGAGAAGAUCAACGAACCUGUUAAUAAAACGUCUUGGAGUAUGCCUCCCUCAACGGUAAACGCCUACUACACACCCACCAAAAACCAAAUGGUAUUUCCAGCCGGUAUCUUACAAGCCCCCUUUUAUUCCCCAUCGCACCCCGCAGCCCUGAACUAUGGGGCCAUGGGCGUAGUGAUGGGGCACGAACUCACCCACGCUUUCGACGACCAGGGCAGGCAGUUUGAUAGGCAUGGGAAUUUGAAGCAUUGGUGGAAGAACGAGACUGUGGAGAGGUUUAAGGACAGGACGAAGUGCGUCGUGGAACAAUAUAAUAAGUAUGAAAUCAACGGCAAACACAUCAACGGGAAUCAAACGUUAGGCGAGAAUAUAGCCGACAACGGAGGGUUAAAAGCUGCAUAUCACGCUUAUUUGGAGCUGAUGAAGGACAAACCGGAACCUCCCCCUUUGCCUGGCAUCCCUCUCACUCAUAAGCAGCUGUUUUUCGUCGCUUUUGCUCAGGUAUGGUGCUCAGCAGUAACAAAAGAAGCUACGAACUUACAAAUAGAAAAAGAUUCCCAUUCUCCAGCUCAGUAUCGCGUGAUCGGAGCACUUAGCAACUUGAAAGAGUUUAGUCAGGAGUUUAGUUGUAGGCCUGGUUCUAAAAUGAAUCCACAGAAGAAAUGCGAAGUUUGGUAACUCUGUUGGUAGGAAGCCAAGGCCUAAAAUGUUCCAGUUACUACAGCAUACUUUUCUUAUUGGGUAUGUUAGAAAACCAGACAUAUCAGUAUCAGUAUUAGUAGGGAACUCUGAGCAUCUGGAAAUAUCACUAUCAUCAGUACUUCCCAAAAAAUGUUACCUCAUAGACCUCUUGCCAAUUCGUAAAAAAUAUGUAUUAAAUUUUUUGCUGUAGUAACUGGUAAAUAUCAAAUCAAAAUCGUAUAUUUUAUUUCCAUUUUGUUCAUUUUGUUUUUACAUACUUCAAACAUAGAAGAAAAUUGUUAUAGAUAUUGUUGCUUUGUGAUUUCACUGAUUUGUUUUGGAAAUUCUGUAGACAAUCUAAUUCCAAAGUAUAGCGUUUUUGAAAAAUUGUAUAAUUUGUUAUGCCAUCAAAAUUUUUUCAUGUUAUGUUGCUUUUAUUUUAUAUUGACCAUGAAUUUAUGGUUCAAAAUCAAUUAUUAUUGUUUUACUUGUAUUGAAGUUGUAAAAAAUACCACAAAAAACAAAAGUAUCAUUUUUUCUCUACUAUAAUAUGAUGGAAAAACUUUCGCAUCUGCGCCAUCUAUUUGCCAUUACCAGUACUUCAAAAGGAUAAAGCCUCGCUAUGAUCUGACUACGAUAUAAGUCGACCUUGAGUUGAAUCUUGAGACUAGGGAUGGAGGUCAUUUGUACCCGAAGGGAGGCUGGUUAACGUUGAAGUUUUUUUUCCAGAAAAAAACUGACCUGGCUGUUAAAAGCAGUAGGUUCAAAUUUUGUGGGAUUUGUAUUUUUGAAAUGUACAAGUUCUGGGUGAUAGAUGCUGUCAAAUGACACACAAUGUCACUUUUAGAAAUGCCUGCUUAUUUGGCAUAAUUCCUAUAAAAAUAUCGAUGAUAUCAUUCAAGUGACCAAAAUCAUAGAUAAUAAUUUUUUUAGCUGUUCUAUAGUUGUUUGCUUGAGAAUCUACACUUUAUAUUGAAUAAUUAAAAAAAAACUUGGGUGUCAAGGAUUGUUUUGCACGUGGGAUAUCAAUACCUUAUCCACUUUAUGAAAUUGGCUUGUAGGUUCUCAAUUAAAUAAGCAAAGUAGUAGAUAUUUGAUGCAUUUGAUUGGUAAAUAUAGUGAACUGUUCUUUUAUAAAGAAUGUUCAGAUGUCUUGAAAUUACUUUUUUAAUUCUAACAUUAUAUUAUCUAAUGUUUGUUUUGAUCCUGAGGGAAGAGUAAACAUUUUGGGC